GCUUCAUUAAAAUAGAAAUUAUUCAUCUAUUUCCCUCUGUUUUAACCAUCCAGGGAGAUAUGUCUGAGGAAGAACCAAUGAACCCCAAUCCAACCUCAACCUCUACAAGCAAUGAGACGAAACAACCAGUGGUUAUUUUAGUGAUUGGGAUGGCUGGUACCGGCAAAACGACGCUCGUACACACGCUUCAGAACUAUGCUUUAGAAAAGGGCAUCCGCUCUUACUUCAUUAACCUUGAUCCAGCAGUGGCCUCGGUACCAUACAGGGCUAACAUCGAUAUUCGCGAUACGGUAAACUACAAGGAGGUAAUGAAUGGCUAUCAGUUGGGGCCGAACGGCGCCAUUAUGACGUCGCUCAAUCUUUUCGCCACGAAGUUCAACCAAGUGGUUACCCUACUAGAGAAGAAAGAAGCCUUGGAGUGGGUUAUUGUCGACACGCCCGGGCAGAUUGAGGUCUUUACGUGGUCCGCCUCUGGGCAACUUAUCUCGGAAUCGCUGGCCGCCGUCUUUCCAACUAUUGUUCUGUUUGUGGCGGAUACAACAAGAUGCAUCAACCCUAGUACCUUUGUCUCCACCAUGCUGUACUCUAGCGGGAUUAUGCUUAAGCAGCAGCUCCCUUUGCUCUUAGUUUUUAACAAAACCGAUGUGGUUUCGGCGGAUUUAGUCAUAUCAUGGAUGCGCGAUAACGACGCUUUGCAGGAGGCUGUGGACCUAGGGCCCUCGGGUUCUGUAGCUGGGAUGUCUCAAGACGGGUGCGGUGGUGAUGACAACGUCACGAUUGGUGGUUUAGGCAGUAGAGGAGGGAGCUACGCGAGCACCCUCGCGCGCUCCAUGUCGUUGUUUCUGCACGAGUUUUACGAAAACAUCCCCUACGCAGCUGUCUCCGCUUUCACCGGCGCUGGGCUGAACCAAUUAGAAGCCGCAAUUGCUCGAGGCAAGACUCAGGCUCUGGUGGAAAAUCAGCGAGUGCGUGAAGUUGAAAUACAGAAAAGGAAAGAAGUGAAUGAGGCAAAUAUGGCAAGCCACUUAGAAGCCUUUCAGAGGGAUCUGCAGAAGAAGGACGAUUUUUAAUGUUGUUUUAAUGUGCAAUGUCUAACCACACCAACACUUUCACAAGGGAUUUAAUUAAAAAAAACAUACUUGGUGAAUAUCCUAAUAAUAAUAGCAAA